GGAACAACAAUUACCCUCAAUUUCUUGCUUUGGUUUCCGUCUCAUCCGGAGAAGAGCACAAGCGAUGGCAACAAUUGCCAUGGAAGCAAUGGUUGAAAACAAGAAUAAUGACAGUUGGAGUAGCAAUGCUUUUGUUGUCUGCAUAAACAGAAAUGUUUAUUUGAAUUUACAAUUGCAUUUGGAGGAGGAAUGCCAGGUGGAGUCCGUGGAGAUGAAAGAUAUUCAUAGAAGGGAAACAAAUCCAAGCAGAAAAAACAAUUGGGCUGUGUCGUUGCCUAAAAGGUUUAGCACCAACGAGGCUAAUGUUUCUCGGUUGCAAACCUUGUACAGCCUGGUUCAGUGCACGCCGGACCUUUCAAGUCCGGAUUGCAAUAGGUAUGCUGUUUACCCGUUCUAUAAUCUGACUGCAGUUGCAAUUGCGGCGCCACCACCACAGGUGGUUACUUCUUCUGGUUCAGUGAUCAUUCCCAAAGUUGGUGUCACUAUCUUGUUUUUCAUUGUGGGGUAUUGUUUGCUAACAAGGAGAACAAGGAAGAAGAACAACCCAGGGCAAGGAGAUAAUGUUGGGACCGAUAUAACCACUAUAAAGUCACUGCAAUAUGAUCUCAACACGAUUGAAGUGGCAACAAACAAGUUUGCAGAUAGUAAAAAACUAGGUGAAGGUGGAUUUGGUGUGGUAUACAAGGGUAGUUUUCUGAAUGGAAAAGACAUAGCUGUGAAGAGGCUAUCAAAAAGCUCUGGACAAAGUGCAGAAGAAUUCAAGAAUGAAGUUCUAGACUUCUAUGGUUACAUAUCUCCAGAGUUUGCAAUGCAUGGAAGGUUCUCUGAGAAAUCAGAUGUGUUUAGCUUUGGUGUAUUGAUGCUAGAAAUUGUAUGUGGUAAAAUGAACACAGGCUUCUGCAACUCAAAUCAUUCUGAAAACCUUUUAACCCAUGCAUGGAAGCAUUGGAAAGGUGGGACAAUUGGGUUGCUUUGUGUUCAAGAAAACCCAACUGGAAGACCAACCAUGACAAGAGUAGUUACCAUGCUUAGCAGUUCAUCUGUUACUCUUCCUGUGCCUCAAAAGAAUCCAUUCUUCUUUGGCAGUAUCACAGGACUAAGUAGUGGUAGUGUGGAGCUGGAGUGGGAUAGGAAUAUGGACAAAUCAACCUCUUGCUCAGUGGACGAUGCAUCCAUUACUAGACUAUACCCUCGUUAGUAAUGGGGCAAUGGUGUCAAAGCUGCAAAACUUUGGCAGCAAAGGCAAUUGAAAAUGAGAUGCAAAUGAGGGCUGCACUUAUGAGAGCAAGGGACAGCCAAAUGACAGCAGAAAAAGGACAGAACUAAUGGCAGCGGUAUUGUUGCGGGUCGGCUGCCAUACAUAGUUGCAAUUGUGUUAGAUUUAGUCAAUGUUUUAGGGAGCAAAAGGCAUAAUGUUAAGUAGAAAAUAUUGUUUUUGUAUUUUAUGAUCUCUGUUUAUGACAGAGGAUGAAUGAAAUAUUGGAGCUUCA